GGGCCGAGCGCCUGGCUUUACUGACGCUAACGGAGAGACGGAUUUCCUGAAAGUCCUAAGAUUAUUGAAAAUUUUUGUUACAUUCGUUUUACAAAAAAAUAAUUCAGAAGCCCCUUAAUGUCUUCUUUGCGUUUUGUAAUGGUUUUUUGACAAGAUCGGUUUCAGAACGAAACAUAACCUCAAAAAAGCCUUCAAAAUAUUACAAACUCGAAGUGAUUUCACUGUAACCCAAAAUGUAUUUAAACAGGGUUCACAGAACGUUUCCUAAAUUAAAAAAGUUACUUACAAGACAGCAGUCUCAAGCUGCUUUAGUAGAACAAAAUGAGUACACCGAUACACCGGAAUAUCCACCAAUUUUGGAUAUGUCUUUGCAAGGUAAAAAAUUAAGAGAAAGACAAGAACUUCAUCGAAAGAUUCAGGCUAUAAAUACCGUAGAGGAGAAACAAAUUGCUCUUAAUAUGCCUCGUUAUUAUGGUUGGAAAUGUAUUUUAUUUAAUGAAGAUAAAGUGCCCUACAAUGCUAUGCCACUAGUUCAAUAUUACACAAGAAGUCAUUUCAUCCCUAUUGAUAAGCUCCCGGAAUAUUACAAUGAAACUGGGGAAGGAGCCGAUGCCGUUGUUCAAGAGAUUAAGGGUCUCAUUGAAGAGGCUAUUCUUAUUGAGAAUGGAGGUGUUGACCGAAAAUUUGUUACCAGUACAUCAAAGAAAGAACAACCACAGUUAGAGGAUGCUUUAGCUAAAUGCAUAGUAAAGCAAAUAAACAGAAUAAUAACUAACAAUUUGUCUGAUAAAGUAGAACAUGUGUUGUCAUCUCAAAUUGAUUAUGACCCUCGUCAUGAAGCAUUUUGGUUUAUUGGUGGUGUAGAUACACCCAUUAAUGUUCUGAGGUGGAGGCAGCAAUAUGGAAAGCUUAGGGAUCGCUGGUAUGAGCCUAUUGACAGACCUGUUCAGUAUAAAGGAACUCCAAUAUUGACAGUAAGAAACCGUUUACCUUUGAAGCCAAUUCUGCCUUUUGAGGAAGCUGAGAAUCCUGAAUUCAAAGUACCUAAGUUCACAGCUGAACCUUAUGCUGUUGGCUAUACUACAGAACACAGACAUGGCACUAAUAUACCAGGUUUCUGGCCUGGUGACUUUGAUGAAUUUGGUUUGUUGUCUUAUCAUGGCCGUGGUCACAUCCUAGCCAGAAGGGAGUCCUUUGGACCUGAAGACAAUAUUGAAGCUUUACAUUGUCAAGCAAUGAAAGCCAGCUUUGGUUGGCUACUAGCUCAAGCAAAUUACCAAGGAUUCACUACUUACAAUGAUGUAACUUAUCCUUUGGUUACACAAACUGUUAUCACCAAUGGUCAGCUAUGGUCUCUCUAUGCAUACCAAUUAAAUACCAUUGAGUUGCAUCAAGACAAGGUUGACAGCCCCAAAAGUAAUAUUUGCUUUGGAACAAAACCUUUAAAAUUGUAUGACAGCAUUGAGAAUGGAAAAGUACAAGGGCUCAAUGAAGAUGUGUUGAAAAUGAUUGUCCAGUUUUACUUGAAUGCUCCUGAAGAACGAGACCAUGAAAUGAAACCAUAUUUAGGUGAGGAGGAACAAGUUGUUGCUGAUAUUGUCGAUGAUAACAAGCGCUGCUGGCUUGAAAACCGUUACAAACACUUAGUAUCAAAUAGACCAAAGCAUUACUUACUUCCUGAAGUUUACAUGUGGGAACGUAUUUACAAGAUUCAAUUCAACUCAAGAUUCUUUGAAGCUAAGAGGAGACCAUUUGAAUUAGGGAUUAAUCCGUAUACUAGAAGAUUAGAUCAACAUCUACCUCCUUAUAUUCCUAAGGUUUUGAGACCAUAUCCCAAGUGCAGAAAGAAGUUUGAAACAACUUAUUACCCUAAGGUUUAAAAUAGAUUACCAUGUAUUUACUUAGCUGUAGCUUCUGUAAUUUAUAGAGAUAAACAUUAUUGUGUUAAAUGGUAGUAUUUAUUAUCUACUCAUGAGUAUGAG